AUGAGCUUAAGUAAAAAACUGAAAGUCGAUACAGAGUGCCGUGUUUUUAACAAAAAGUGGAAUAAUGACUAUUUCUUCAUUGAACAAAACAAUGUUGCUUUAUGCGUUAUUUGCAAGGAAAAGAUUGCUGUUAUGAAAGAAUACAAUAUUGGUAGCCAUUAUAAAAGUAAGCACGCAUCUACAUAUAACGAGCUAUCUGGUAAACUACGAUCAGACAAGUUUGAAAUAUUAAAACAGAAUUUACUAGCUCAACAGUCAAUUUUUACAAAACGGUCAUGUCAAAAUGAAUCUCUCGUAAAAGCAAGUUUUCAAGUAGCUCGUACUCUGGCGAUAGCCGGAAAACCUUUUACUGAUGGCCAAAUUGUAAAGGAGUGCAUGCUGAAGACAGUUGAAGAGAUUUGUCCCGAUAAAAUCAAUUUAUUCACCGGUAUUAGCUUGUCAGCGAAUACAAUUGCGCGACGUACCACAGAUCUCGGAAAUGAUAUUAUUCGUCAAUUAAAAGAUACUGCUAAAAGCUUUAAAUAUUUUUCAAUUGCUUUGGAUGAAUCUACUGACACUUCAGACUGA